CGCAGACCGGAUUAGUUGAUUGCAGAGCAGGCUCAGAGUCUGGAUUGUUCCUGCUGAAGACAGCUGCAGAGCGACUGUUCCCCACCUUUCUCCAGUGGUGUCUUCUGCCAGUACCAUCUCCCUCUGAGUCCAGAGCAUUGCUCCGAUCCAGCCGGCGUGUGUCAAGUCUGCAACUGUCCCCGUCGCUCUCCGUCCAUAAGGGAUCAUGACCACCCAGAUCGCAGACCGCCUGACGGUGCAGGAGCUGGAGAUCCGCCAGCUGAAUGAGGAGAUCGGCCGCCUCCUGGACCUCGGCACGCAGGGAACCGUGCAGGAGAACCCGAGCCCGGAGCUGGAGCAGCUGAGGGCCGAGAAUGAGAAGCUCAAGUACCGCAUAGCUUUCCUGCAGCGCAUCCUACGAGAGGAACCGGAGACGCCACUGCCCGACGAGAACCUGGCUGGGCCGCAGGGUGUGGCUAUGCCCCUGGAUGAAGGAGAGAAAAAUGUGAAGCAGCAAGCAGUUUCCCAGAAGGCCAGUAAAGAGUGUGCAGGACAGAAGCAGGAAAAGAUGAGAAAUGGCCAUGAAGAGGGACCACGCAGGCAUGACAAUACAGCAUCUACCUCUUUCUCAAGUACAAAAAGUGGGGGGCCCGGCUCCUUCCAACGCGUUCAACAAAGGGAAUAUUUGGACACUAUGCAAAGAUCUUGGAAAGUCAUCUUCCCAUUUGAGGAAGAUCUAAAGGAACCCGCUUCAACCAUUAUAUUAAAGAGGCUGCAGAAGAUAAGGGAACCAACUGUCCAGGACCAAUCCGUCAGCGACCACAAUUUACCCACAAGGCUGGAACAAUGUGAGGAAAGCAAGUUCAGGUCAUCAGAGACCACGUGGACUGUCUUAUUCCAAGACCCAUCACCAGACACCUAUUUACUAUUACUGAAGAGAGGGUCACACGGCAACUCAAAAGAGCAAAAAAGAAAAUUCCAUCCAGUAGGUCCCUUGACAAAGGAUCCAACUGAACGGAAGAAAGGGAAAUUGGAAAGUCUUCCAUCUCCAACAUUUAUCAAGAGCAGACUUCAACUCUAUGAAACUCUGAAAAGGGAACAUGAUACUUUAAUGGCAGAGAGAGCUGCAAAACAAAGCAAAACUAUUAAAAUCUUUUUACCUGAUGGAAAGGCCAUUGAUGGACAGUCCUGGAGAACAACCCCAUAUGAAGUAGCUGCUGGCAUUAGUCGUGGAUUGGCAGAUAACACUGUUAUAGCCAAGGUGAAUGCCGAGCUUUGGGAUCUUGACCGACCACUAGAAGACGACUGCACUUUAGAACUGCUGGCAUUUGACAACGAAGAAGCUCAAGCUGUUUACUGGCAUUCUAGCGCCCAUGUUCUUGGGGAGACCAUGGAGAAUUACUAUGGAGGCUGCUUGUGCUAUGGCCCGCCUAUUGAAAAUGGCUUCUAUUAUGAUAUGUAUUUAGAGGAAAGAGGUGUGUCCAGCAAUGAGUUCCCUGUCUUGGAGAAUAUGUGUAAAACCAUCAUUAAGGAGAAACAGCCAUUUCAAAGGCUGGAAGUCAGAAAAGAACUUCUCCUGGAAAUGUUUAAGUACAACAAAUUUAAAUGCCGGAUCUUAAAUGAAAAAGUUGAUACACCAACCACAACAGUAUACAGGUGCGGACCUCUUAUUGACCUGUGUAGAGGUCCCCAUGUGAGGCACACUGGGAAGAUUAAAGCCUUUAAAAUUUAUAAGAAUUCUUCCACAUAUUGGGAAGGGAAAGCUGACAUGGAAACAUUGCAGAGAAUAUAUGGCAUUUCUUUUCCUGAUAAUAAGCUAAUGAAGGAGUGGGAGAAAUUCCAGGAAGAAGCUAAAAACAGAGAUCAUAGAAAGAUUGGAAAGGAUCAAGAGCUCUUCUUCUUCCAUGAUCUGAGCCCAGGGAGUUGUUUCUUCUUGCCUCGGGGAGCUCACAUAUAUAACAUUCUGAUAGACUUCAUCAAGGAGGAAUAUCAGUUGAGGAAUUUUACAGAGGUAGCAACCCCUAACAUCUACAAUAGCAAGUUGUGGGAAGCAUCAGGUCACUGGCAGCAUUACAGUGAGAACAUGUUCUCCUUUGAAGUUGAAAAAGAAACGUUUGCACUUAAACCGAUGAACUGUCCUGGACACUGCCUCAUGUUUGGUCAUCGUCCUCGCUCUUGGAGAGAAUUGCCCCUGCGCUUUGCAGACUUCGGUGUUCUACAUCGUAAUGAGUUAUCUGGGACAUUAAGUGGCCUGACCAGAGUAAGGCGCUUUCAGCAAGAUGAUGCACAUAUUUUUUGCACUAUAGAACAGAUAGAAGAAGAGAUGAAGGGAUGCCUGCAGUUCCUGCAGUCGAUAUAUGAGGUGUUUGGAUUUACUUUCCAACUCCACCUUUCAACCAGACCUGACAACUAUCUUGGAGAAAUCGAGAUGUGGAAUGAUGCUGAAAAGCAACUGGAGAACAGCCUGAAUGAUUUCGGACAACCCUGGAAACUGAAUCCAGGAGAUGGUGCUUUCUAUGGCCCAAAGAUUGAUAUUAAAAUCAGAGAUGCCAUUGGACGAUACCACCAGUGUGCAACAAUACAGCUUGAUUUCCAACUUCCAAUUCGGUUUAACUUAACUUAUGUAGGAAAAGAUGGGGAUGAUAAGAACAGACCAGUCAUCAUACAUCGUGCCAUCUUAGGAUCAGUGGAACGGAUGAUAGCAAUUCUUUGUGAAAAUUAUGGUGGAAAGUGGCCAUUUUGGCUUUCACCUCGACAAGUCAUGGUAGUUCCAGUUGGACCAAGCUGUGAAGACUACGCCCAACAGGUGUGCAAAGAAUUUUUUGUUGCAGGAUUCAUGGCUGAUGUGGACUUGGAUCAUAGUUGCACGCUGAAUAAGAAGAUACGAAAUGCACAACUGGCUCAGUACAACUUUAUUUUUGUGGUUGGUGAGAAAGAGAAGGCAAACAAUGCAGUCAAUGUGCGGACACGAGACAACAAGGUCCAUGGGGAAGUGUCUAUAGCCUCAGCUGUAGAAAAACUUCUCACAUUAAAAAAGGUGCACAGCAAAAACGCUGAAGAAGACUUCUAAAGAAAAAUAAUCUGCCGACUCUGAAAAUGGCCAGAUGUUUUUGUCACUGUGAAAGAAAACACACUGCUAAUAAACUGAUAUUUGUUAAUUUAUUAA